UUUUGCUAUUCAAGCUGGAACUGAUCAAAUUAAGGUUAUAAGAAAUAUGUGCAAUAUAUAUUUUUUAAUUCAACAUAAUUUGUCUACUAACAUAUUUGAAAGUUUGUGUAAGCUAUCUGAAAUUCAACGUGGUGAAGACCAAAACCAAUUUGAAUAUACAUGUGAAUUUAUUGAAUCAAUUGGUCAUGUUAUAGAACAAGAAAUUUUUCAAGAAUUACGUAAAUCAGAUGAUGGCACUGCCAAUACAAUUAUUGCUAAAAUUAAUCAGUUUUUUCAAGCAAAACAUAUAUUGUAUAAUGAUUUAAUGCAUAUUUGUACAGAUGGUGCUAGUACAAUGAUAGGUUCUCAUGUUGGUGUAGCAACUCAACUUAAAAAUAAAAAUCCAUUUAUUUUGGAGCAUCAUUGUAUUUUUCAUAAAUUAGCAUUAGCCGCAAAGGAUGUGACAAAACAAGUUGAAGAAUUUAAACAAUAUGAAAAAAUUGUAUAUAAUAUUUAUAAAGAAAAUCUUGGUGACCCACAUCUUACAGUUUUAAAUAUUAUUGAAACCUGUUGGUUGUCAUUAUCUAAUGUUAUUCAAAAUCUGCAUCAAAUUUUAAGUUCAAUAAUUGAUGCAUUGCUUGAAGAUUCAUAUAAUAAUAUAGUUGCUGAAACUUUAUACAAUAUAAAAACUCAACUUGAUGUUACUAUUUAUACUAUUCAAUUACAAUUUCUUGGAACUAAUAAAGUUAAACCAUCUUGGGGAACUUAUUUGCGCAGGUAUAUAAAUGAUUAUAAUAUUAUCGCAGAUGAAUUACCUAUUAUUAUUACAAAAUUUGCAUGUGCCUCAAUUGAAUCGUUAGAGAAAAGAUUUUCAGAUCGAAUUCAAUAUAGUGAAGAUGAAAUUGAAAUUUUGGGCAAUUUUUAUGGUCAAAACAAAUAUAAAUCAGGAAAUUUAUUUCCUGCAAUUUUAGAUUCUGAAAAUUUAAAUCACGAAUGGCUGUCAGUUAGAUUUCUUCUAACUAAUUAUAAAAAUUUUAAUUUUUUGAAAGCAUGGAAACGUAUUUUUUCUGAUUUUCCUACUUUUAAUGAAAUUUAUCCUGAAACUGCAAAGUUAAUUUCUAUUUUAGUCAAUCUUCCUUUAACUAAUGCAGUUGUUAAACAAGAUUUUAAUUUCCAAUUAGUGUAUCAAGAAUGGUGUAAACUUGAUCAUAAAAUUAAAUAA